AUUUAAAAAUCAUAAACGCUUUUGCUUACACAUUCGCGAGCAUGCUAAAAAGCGCUAAAAAGAUUCCCCUUCCCGCGUUUCAAAAGAGGGCGAUACUGGUUGGCCGCUUUACGAUGUUCUGAUUGGCUGCAGCUGCGCUACGCUCCCGCUGAUCACCGCCGAUUAUUACCGCCUUUUCCAUGAAAUACAGCGUCGGCAGUUUCGACUGAAGUGUUUCGGCGAUUUUGGCCACAAUGGCAAGUCGUUGACUGCGCAAUCCACCGCAGAGGUCAACCGGAAAGUUUGGUGGUAAGAUCGGUCCAAAAAUUCUCACGAAUCAGCCCUUCCGCUUGCCGCAAAUUUCAAAUCAAGAUCUUCCUGUGUUGCGUCUCACCAACUAGCCAAAUACACGGUUUUGAAAACGAAUUUCGCCCUGUUUCGCCCCUUUUUCCAACAAUCUGAUAUUUUGAAUCAUGGAUCAUUUGCCUAGAGAUUCGCCGCUGCUCGUCUCGCCGAAGCGAUUUGAAUCUGCUGCCGACGAAUUCGAGUUUAACGACGAAGAAUUCUUGCUCGAGAGCGAAUUUCUGAGCUUUGAGGACGUGGAGGCCGAUACUCCAUUGGAAGAGCGGCUGCUCGUCGACCAAGACCUGUAUCGUGAAAGGAGAAUGGAUAUGAAAACCUAUUCAAAACGCAAAUCAAGCCCUCAUGUUGUGAUUGAGCGGUGCAGCAAGGCAGAGAAAUUGGUCAUCGAUGAACGACGGACGGCAAACGAGCAGAAGUCUCCUUUGAAGGAAAUUACGCAGGUCACUCCAAGCAAAUGGAAAGACCCUGCGGUCGAGCCUUCCGAGAAGCAGAAACUUUCUGUUGAGCCACCCACGCAGGAUGAAAACAGUUCCGACAAAUCACCAACCAAGCAGGAUGGCCGGAAACGCCAUUUCUUGAGCCGGAACAAAACUGCCAAGGAGUCAGAGAAAAAUGAAGUAACAAGCACGCCCAAAAGGAGAGACUCUUGUGAGCCUGAGAAUUCGAAGAAGCCAAAAGUAGGAGAUUUGGAGAAGGAACUUUCGAUCUGCCCAUCUAGUAAAGCAAAUUAUCUAAUGAUCUCGGAGCUCCUCCAAACUGAAAUUAUUUCAGGUUGCUUAAGUGGUCGUAGCUCUCCUAUUGCUGGACUGAUUCCUACCCAAGUGACCGAAGAAGAGACCAUGGAGGUAGAGGUGGAAGUAACGCCAAAGAAGCCGUCACCAAAAAAGUCAAAAUCUCCCGCAAUAAAAGAGAAGAAGAAUUUUAGAAAAUCUCCGAUGAUGGUAGUAGAGCAAAUUGAAACAAGCAGACCUGAACUGCGAAGAAGCAAGAGAUCUUCUUUAAAACCUAGUCCUGCCCAGCAGAAGGAUUCGGACGUUCCAUCCACCCCACAGUCGGGACAAACAGAAUUGGCUGACGAGUUUUUGAUGCCCAGUUCCUCUAAAAAGAAUCUCCAACCAGUGCUAGAAGGGGAAACGCCAGCCAGAAUGAGAAGCACCAGAUACUCGCAGGCUUCCGAAGUCUCAAGUGUGAACUCAAGUUUACUCGACAGCACCCUUUUGGAUUCAACUGUUGACUUAGGCACUUCCAUUGAUGAUGACGAUGAUGAUGACGUGUCGUGGGAUGGUUAUUUUGUGGAAAUUCCUAACACGCCUGUUUGUAACGAUGAAUUGACGUCAACAGGCAUUGCGGAGGAAACCAAGCAAGAUGCAGAGAAGCAGGAUGAAGAGAGUAGCGAGAGCAAAUUCAAAGUUGCCCAAGCAGUUCUGGCCAAAAUAGGGAGCUGGCCUUACUGGCCUGCUUUCAUCAUACCCAUGGUGGGGCAGCAUAAGUUAAUAGAUGGCAAGAAAAUCGAGAAGUACCAUGUUGUGUUUUGCGGGGAGCGGCAAAGAGCUUGGGUGUUUCACAAAAAAAUAGUCCCCUUUUCGUCUUUGGAGGAGUUCACAAAUUUAAUCAACAUGAACAAGAAAACAAAUCCUUUCUUUGUUCCACCAAAAUUUGAGGAAAAGUGGCAGGAGGCAUUGGUGGAAUUGAUGGAGUUGAAAAAUCAAGGACCUUCCAUCAUAUUGGAUACUCUAGGCAUCAAGCCCAAAAUCACGCCCAAAGAGAAAGAAAUCUUAAAGGAGCACCUGAAGGCCCUGAAAAUUGCUGAAAGAGAAUUAAAACAAGUUGAACGUGAACAAACGAAGGAAGCACACAAGAUAGAGCGUGCCAGAUUGAUUGAGGUGAGGCGGCUGCAGAGACAAAAGGUCAAGGAGGAAUUGCAAAAGCUUCGAGAAGAGGCUCGUGGUGUUAUUUCCAGAAAAGCCUGCUUCCAGUGUCGAGACCAUGAAAAUAAAGAAUCAGUUAUGCACUGCACUAAGUGUGACAAUUUCUACCACACAUCUUGUCAGGGAGACAACAUUCCGAAGGACAGGAUGGAACCAUUUGUCUGUAACUUCUGCAAGACAGAUACCAUGCCAUGUCAUGUAUGCAACAAACACAGCGAGGGCCUUAUCCAGUGCAAAGCCAAGAAGUGUCAGAAGGUGUAUCACUUGGAGUGCUUGGGCUUGCACUGGCAGCAGGCCACAGUAUCCAACGGCCAGCUGAUCUCUUGUCCAGCCCAUUCGUGUCAUUCUUGUGUCCACCGUGACAUGUUGCAGUUCAAGAAGGUGAUUGAGCCUCGAGAAAAACUGGUCAGGUGCACCAUGUGCCCUGGAACCUACCACAAAGAUGAUGAAUGCAUCCCUGCUGCUGCUACAAAGAUUAAUAGUCACCAAAUUGUUUGUCCGCGGCACCUGGACCACCAAAACAAACCAAGGACUUACAAGUGUCAGGUGUGUGUUGAAUCUUUUACCCAAGAGGAGGCAAAGUCUUCAUCAGUUUGGAGCUGCAAAAUGUGUCCUUGUCUGUACCACUUCAAAUGUCUUGAUAAAGACGACGAGCAAACGAUGAUAAUGGAAGAUUUCGUCUGCUUUUACUGUCGAGACGGCUACUUCCCUAAGGGAGGUGACAUUGUGUGGGCCAAGUUAGGCAGCAGCCGUUGGUGGCCAGCAAAAGUAGUUGCACGCGGCCAAGAGCCUGAAAGACUUCUGACAGUGAAGCGCCCUAUAGGCCAGUUCGUGGUCCAGUUCUAUGGCACCAAUGACUACUCAUGGAUACCCCACAAAUCCACAUUCAUGUUCCAAAGUCGGGACGAUGUUGCGAUUUGCUCAAACUCGUCUGGUAAAGACCAGAAGUUUAUUAAAGGCAUAGAGGAGGCUAUGAAGGAUUUUGAUGAAAGGGACCUUUACUGGGACCAAAAAAUCUAUCUGCAUUUCAACAGUGGACUUGACAAAAAACCUCCUUCUUAUCGCCGCAUCAAGAAAAACAUUUAUGUGAAGCCAUGCAAACCAUUCAAAGAGGAUGACAUGAUGUAUGAGCCCUGCCAUUGCAAACCAGACGGUUCUGAUCCAUGUGGUGAGAAUUGUGACAACAGAGGUUUGCACAUGGAGUGCUUGAAGGAGUGCCCGACUGGCGAUUUGUGUCAAAAUAAGCGCAUUCAACUACACCAGGAUGCACCAACAGAGCUGAAAUUGAUGGGUGCCAAGGGCUGGGGUCUCACUGCUCAAGAAGAUCUCAAGAAAGGAACAUUUGUUGUCGAAUACGUAGGUGAAGUGGUUAACAAAGAAGAAUUCCAGAGACGGAAGAGAGGGUACAUAGAAAACAAAGAGAAACACUUCUACUUCCUGGAGCUUGGCGGCAACCAUUACAUUGAUGCAAAGUUUAAGGGAAAUCUCAGCAGGUUUAUCAAUCACAGUUGUGAACCUAAUUGUCAGUCCAGCCACUGGAAUGUCUUGGGUGAAAGGCGCGUGGGCCUUUUCACAUUGAGAGACGUCAGAGCAGGGGAAGAGCUGACUUUUAACUAUGGUUGGAAGCUGGACGGCACCAACACUCAGCAGUGCUUGUGCAACACCGAGAGCUGCAAGAAGUCAUUGGCAACAGACAAGGCCAAGAAGACAAUGGAAACUCAGCCAGCAGAGCAGAAGAAAAAAUCUAGAUCGUUGGCCAAAAAGGCGUCCAAUACAUCUGAUAAUGGUGAACUGACUGAUUCAUGUGAUGCUUGCUCUGAUUCCAAGGAACCAAAACAAAGCAAACACAGUUCCAAUAUGUGUCAGAAGUGCUACGAAAACGAAGAGUUUUAAUGAGAAUGGAAAAGAAGUCUUUAAAGAUGACUAGUACUUUUUAAGUAUUAUUUGAACAUUUCUUUGUCAAAAAUAGUUAGUGUUCGUUUGGAAAACAAAUAUGUUUUAUGAAUUUUAUUAUACAAAUCAUACAAAUUGAGACUUAUUUAGAUUUUAAAGCAUUGUAUGCAUUUUAGAUAAUUAACUUUGAAUGUCUCAGCUGAAAUCAUGAACGAAAUUUUUAAUAAAUUAUUUGAAAUUUAAGAAUAAA